GAAGCCAAGAACGACAACCUGUGGAUUCUCCAUAAGAAUUGUUUUGCUCAAUCUCCUACUAUGUGUGAUCAUAUUCUACUCUGUGUAUUAUGUGGUCCUAUGCUUUUGUUUCACAGCGUUCAGGCUGCAGAUGUUGGAUGGACUGGGACCAUUUGACUUCAAGACCAGCCCAUCAUGGAUUCACCCAUAUUAUUUAGUUCUUCUAGUGUCACUGGAAAUAACCUAUCUCGUCUCUGGACUGCUCUUUGUGUUGGUUGUAGAAGAAUGGGUUUGGGAUUAUGCGGUGACUGUUACAGUCAUUCACAUCACCAUAACUGCGGCUGUAUGUCUGAUUCCCGCUGACAUUGCACUGGUGGCAGCUUUAGGUUCGGGCCUAAUUUUGAUGAUUUGUGUUGGACAAAGUUUGGCUUACUACCUGUUCAAAGACAACUUUAUUUAUCCAGUUCUGGAUAAUUUCUGAAAAGCAUUUUUUCAGUGCCUACGUUGCUUUUUGAAAAUGCACAUGGAUGUGUGGGCCAACGCUAGCAUGUAGUUUUCAGUAGAUCAGAAUUCUAUACAC